UUGAACCACAGCCAUCUGGUCAGGAGAAGAAGAAGAGGAAGAAGCAGAAGAAGACUGUUUGUAGUGACAGAAGACAACAUGGCGUUCAAUUUUGGCGGUGCCACGAGUAAUCCGGCAGCAAGCACGUCCGGGUUUUCAUUCGGUUCAUUUGGAGCCAAGACUACGGCAUCAACAACAUUUGGCUUCGGCAACCCAGCCACCACCACCACCGCCUCAUCCGGAUUCGGCACUCUAACAGCUCCUGGUUUUGGGGCAGCCACCACCACCACUGCUGCACCAGCCACAGGGUUUAGCUUUGGCUCCACCAACACUGGAUUUGGGGGGCUGGGAGCUGGAAACACCACGGCUGGUGCGUUCGGUGGCUUCGGAACAACGACAACGACCGCUGCUGCACCAGGGUCAACAUUUAGCUUUGCCGCACCCGCCAACACCACAGGAACCCUGUUUGGCAACACACAAAACAAAGGGUUUGGUUUCUCGACUGGGCUUGGCACGGGGACCGCUACUGGAGCGUCAGGAUUUGGAGCCGGACUGGGAACGACUGGCCUGGGUGGGUUUGGAGGCUUUAACAUCCAGCCGACUCAGCAGCAGCAAGGAGGCUUAUUCGGCCAGCAGGCCCAGCAGCCGGGUCAGACUCAGCCCACCCAACUUUACCAGCAGGUCACCGCUCUGUCAGCUCCCACCUUGUUAGGAGAUGAGCGCGACUCCAUACUCGCCAAAUGGAACCAGCUGCAGGCAUACUGGGGCACAGGGAAGGGCUUUUACAGCAACAACAACCCACCUGUGGAGUUUACUCAGGAGAACCCAUUCUGCAGGUUCAAGGCGGUGGGUUAUAGCUGCAUCCCAGUGAGUAAGGAUGAGGAUGGGUUAGUGGUUCUGAUUCUUAAUAAGAAAGAAGCUGAUUUGAGAGCUCAGCAGCAGCAGCUGGUUGAGUCCCUCCACAAGAUCCUGGGAAACAACCAGACUCUCACUGUCAAUGUAGAAGGUGUCAAAUCCCUGUCGAAUGACCAGACAGAGGUGAUCAUUUAUGUGGUUGAGCGCUCUCCUAAUGGCACCUCAAAGCGGAUCCCAGCGAGUACUCUCUUCAGCUACCUGGAGCAGGCCAACAUUAAGGCCCAGCUCACUCAGAUUGGAGUGGCCAUGUCAGUGACACGCACAGAGCUGUCCCCAGCACAGCUCAAACAGCUGCUGCAAAAUGCUCCUGCAGGAGUGGAUCCCAUUAUAUGGGAGCAGGCUAAGGUGGACAACCCCGACCCAGAGAAGUUAAUCCCAGUGCCCAUGGUAGGAUUUAAGGAGCUGCUCCGCAGGUUGCAGAUCCAGGAGCAGAUGACUAAACAGCACCAGACAAGAGUGGAUAUUAUCUCCAAUGACAUCAGUGAACUGCAGAAGAACCAAGCGACUACCGUAGCAAAGAUCGCCCAAUACAAGAGGAAGCUGAUGGAUCUUUCUCACCGGGUGUUGCAGGUGCUGAUCAAGCAGGAGAUUCAAAGAAAAAGUGGUUAUGCUAUCCAAGUGGACGAGGAGCACCUCAGGGUGCAGCUGGACACGAUUCAGUCCGAACUCAAUGCUCCCACACAGUUCAAGGGUCGGUUGAAUGAAUUAAUGUCCCAAAUUCGAAUGCAGAACCACUUUGGUGCUGUGAGAUCAGAAGAGCGUUACAGCGUGGAUGCAGACCUUCUCAGAGAAAUCAAACAGCACUUGAAACAGCAGCAGGAAGGUUUAAGUCAUUUGAUCAGUGUGAUCAAAGAUGACUUGGAAGACAUCAAACUUAUAGAGCACGGGCUGAGCGACAGCGGACACAUGAGGGGAGGCAUCCUCAGCUGAGUCUGCCCCACCAACCUGCACGUCCUCAGACACUCAGUCGUAUAAAAGGUGGCCUCUCAUCCAUGCUGAUCAAUUAAUCUGGAAGUAAAAUGCACUGUAGCUUCAUGAUAACCCCACGGAUGUCUGAACCUACUUGCUGAGAAAAUUAUUUUUAAUAGAAUAAAUAUAUUUUUCUUCACCAUGCAGACAGGUUUAUCAUUUGCCCCACUUUCUGUACUAGGUAAACACUGACUGGUUAAUCUGUGCUUUCCCAACUGUAAACAGCCUAAUGGAAAAGACUAAACAAAGUCUAAUAAUAGCUGGGAUCCCUUGUGUCAAAUCAGAUUAUGAUUAUGAGACUACAAAUGUGACCGGCAUGUAAACAAGUUGUGUAUAUCACCAGUGAAAACAUUGUAAAUACAUGAUGCAUUUCUUUUUUUUUAAUGCUCCUAGAAUGUUAAUAAAUUUUGUUUAUUGAAAAUUAAAUAACAGUGAGCUGUAUCUCUUCCAUGCACACUGUAAACAGAGGCUAAUUUUCCACAUUUCUAGAUCUCUGUGCAAAAUGUCACCCUCUUGGAUGGCCACCUGUUUUGCAAUCUGAGCAUUUUUAUUGUUUUUGUGCAACUAUAGAAACAAAUAUAGAAGUAACCAAUGGUCUUUAUUUAGCUCAAACCAGCCCUUUCCAACAUCUCAUCAAAGCAGGGCUUGAGUUGAUAGGAUUUGUGUCUCGGAUUCACAAUCCUAUCAGGAUGAAAGACUGACUGGCAGUUGAACUUAUUAGGCAGCUUUUAAGCAGAUUGUAUCCCUUCAUCUAACUUCUACUUCAGUACAUGGCAAAGAGCCAGAUGUGGAAAAUAAAACAGCUCAAUUCUCCAGAA